AUGCAGCUCAGACACCUUUUCCUUUCGCUUGUGGCCGCUGCAACAUGCAGAGCCGUGGCAGUUGAUCGCCCGGCCAUGUGCGGUAACCCGGCUCCGAGCAAGGAAUAUCUUCAGGUUCUCGCAGAAGCCUCAGUCGCAGAAGCGUCAGCUUCAGCUCAUGCCUCUGUCAAUGCGAGGGCGUCCAGGACCGUGAAGACGUGGGUUCAUAUCAUCGCCUAUGACCAGACACGCUCCGGUGGCUACGUUAGCCGCGACGUUGUAAAUCAGCAGAUUCAAGUCUUGAACAACAACUUUGCAUCGACAGGCUACCAGUUCAGCCUUCAAGAUGUGUCGUACACCGUCGAUUACAGAUGGUCGGACAUUAGAACGACAUGGGACUUGACAAGCCUCAAACAAUCGCUUCGCAAGGGCACCUAUUCCGACCUGAACCUGUACUACUUCCACAGCAUCGUCGACAACGCCACCGGAUACAAACUGACGGGAUACUGCAACUACCCCGAUAAUGGAAACUAUAACAGCGUCUUUUAUAACGAUGGAUGCAACCUGCAUGUCGAGAGCAUGCCCGGAGGAAACUUUUCGCCAUGGAACCAGGGCAAGAUCACGUCCCACGAGGUUGGGCACUGGUUUGGCCUGAUCCACCCCUGGGGCGACAGCUCUAGCAACGGCUGCUCUGGAGUUGGCGAUCAGGUUGACGAUACACCGGCGCAGUACGCAGCCGACUACGGUUGCUCCGUCUCCGACACCUGCCAGAAUCUGCCUGGCAAUGAUCCCAUUCACAACAUUAUGGGCUACAACGACAACUCUUGCGUCAAUGAAUUUACAGCUGGUCAAAUCACGCGGAUGAACACCAUGUUUGGGUACUACCGAGGAUAA